AUGACAACACCGGAAUACUACGUCGGCCAACGCCUCUCGCUUAAAGGCCAAGCGUGUACUGUUCAAUAUCUCGGUACAGUUGGAGACAAGGCUGGCUCAUGGUUGGGAGUCGAAUGGGAUGAUCCUGCCCGCGGGAAACACGAUGGCACCUUCGCCGGCGUGAGAUACUUCCACUGUCGCAGCAAAUCUCCAACAGCGGCUUCAUUUGUCAAGCCAGCCCAAUCAUGGGAUGCGCCACGCUCGUUCCUUACAGCGCUGAAAGACAAGUACAUGCCCGACUACCACGCCGACCAGGCCCAGAUCGUCUACAUCUCCGGAAAGCAAGCCGAGGAAGUGGGAUUCGAGAAGUUCUCCCAGCGCCAAUCGCGUCUGCAUGGCGUGCAUGUUCUGGUUCUGGACCGCAUGCGGAUAAAACACGCCUUCCAAUCUGACGAGGAAAAAUCCGCGAUCCAGCAUCUAUGUGCCGACAUCACAGAGCUCGAUCUCAGUGGCAAUCUCUUCGAGGCUUUUCAAGAGGUCUUGGUGUUGUGCAAGUUGUUUCCCAAACUCAGAACGCUCACGCUCGAUAGCAAUCGUUUCGCUGUGGGUGGCAGCUAUGGCGAUUCUGGGCACGGCACAUUGUCAGUCAUCGCCACUGUCAAGUACCUCAGCCUCGCUACAACGCUCUUUUCACCCAAAGAUCGCGACGGCAUCAUUUCUCGCUUCCCAAAAUUGGAGACGCUCGUUCUCACAGCAAAUGAAAUUUCCGGCCCGUUGCACUUGCAAACACCUCCUCAUCUCUCGACACUGGAUCUCUCCGACAACGAGCUAAUCUCGCUUUCCGACCUUCGCCAUCUACAAAACCCACACCUCCACACAAUAUUGCUGAGACGCAACCGCAUUCAGACCGUCACGACCGAAGCUGAGCCAGCAUUCGCACUCAGCGUUACAGAAAUAGACCUCACCUACAACGCCGUCGACACUUGGCUCUUCUUCAACUCAAUAACAAAGCACACCUUCCCAAACCUCACCCAUCUCCGCGUCACAGGAAAUUCCCUCUACCAGCAUCUCGUCUCAGCGGAAGGCAAACCGUUAACAUCAGAAGACGGCUACAUGCUGACCCUCGCCCGCCUCCCGCAACUACAAUUCCUCAACUACGCCAAAAUCACCGAAAAGGAGCGCCUCAACGCUGAGACGUAUUAUCUGGGCCAAAUAGCUGCAGAACUCUCUCUGGCCUCGGAGGAAGCUGAAGCAGGUAUCCUCGCCAAACAUCCCAGAUAUCGUGAGCUUUGCGAAGAAUACGGCGAGCCCAGUAUUCAACGGCGAAGCAAAGCCAAUGGACAAGUGGAGCCCAACAGUCUUGCCGCGAGACUUGUCGCCGUCACUUUCAUACUAGCUGCGAGUGAGAUGCCGCAGAUCAGUGAACGACACUGGACAGAAGAGGUGCCGAAAACGUUCAACAUCUACGCCCUGCUCGGCACGGUGGGCAAACGGCUAGGCGUCAUGCCGUUGGACUUGAAUCUGAUACUCGAGACGAAUGAGAGGGAUCCCGCCGGGCGGAAUGAUGCGAGGGGCGCACCCGAGUGGUGGGAUAGUAGCGAUGACGAAGAAGCUGCUGCAGCGGGUGCGGAAGGGGAGUGGAUAAAGCGAGAGACUGUGCUUGUGCCUGGUACGAGAACAUUAGGAACGUACGUUGAUGGGAGGGAGGCGACGGUCAGAGUUGAAGAACGGCGGGGAUGA